CAACUAAGCUACAUCUAGUACUUAAAGACACCAAGCAAAUUCUUCGGCUAAUUGAAAAAGAAAAGAAACAUGAUAAGUUGCUCAAAAAUAUAAAUGAUAAGAUAGCGAAAAUAAACAAGAUAGUAUCAUUAAAUCUUUCAUUAAUUAUAGAACAAGAUCAGGUGAUAUUAGAAAGUCUGGAAAAUAAAAUAAAAGAAAGUAUCAAAGUUUUGAACAAG